UUUUUUUAUUUAACCCAACAGUAUGUCCGACCAUACAAACGUCAACUAAGAAGUGGAGAGUUCCUCCCACCAAAAUACGCUCUGGAGCUGCUUGUCAUCCAUGCGUGGGAGAGCAUGGGUCUGGGAGACAAUUUUGAUACUGCUGCAGGAUUUCGCACAGUAAUGGAAUUGAUUGUUAGAUACAGAGAGCUGUGGCUAUUCUGGACGAAGAACUAUAACUUUGUCAAUUGCUUUGUGGCUGACUUCCUGAAAAACAAACUUAAAGAACCAAGACCGAUGAUACUCGACCCUGCAGAUCCAACUGGAAAUGUUGCUGGAAAUGCUCGAUGGGACUUGGUUGCAAAGGAAGCCAAAAAAUGCUUACAGCAAGUCUGUGCACAGAACGUUGAACCCUGGAAAGUUGAGCCCAAUUUGUUAAUCGCUCAUCAGUGUGACAACCAGUACAACCUAUAUCGAGCGCCAAUCUCACAAGGAGACUGCUAAUAUGAGGGAACCGGUGACACCAGUGCGUUCAGCGUUGAUUUCAAUCGGGGAUGAUUUAUCACAAUGUUGAAGUGGAAUAUCAGCGAAGGCGUCAUCUUUUCCACAUGUGAAGUUCAAUUCUGAUGAAAUGCAAACGAUCAGGAGUUUUCUCUAAAAAAAAGUCAAUCCGAUUCAAAUCUUGCCUUUUAAAACAUGGUAUUAAAAUUCACUGCAAUUGUGUUCGCUUUGAGACGUAAUAUCACUGGGGAAAACAUUCUCCCCACCUGCUGGCGUGUUGGGGACACUAACCCUGAAUUUGUUGGCUUCGGGGCCAUGGAUCGAGAACAGUUCGAGGGUUUUCAGGGAAGGAAAGGACAGGUGUCCGUAAAGGAAGAGACAAAAUCCGAGCUAGGGGCAGGGCUAAAAUUAGAGGCACGCCCUCCCUGCCCAGAAACUAAAACCGGCACACCCUCUCAUUUGCCGUGCAAUAAAACAAGCCCCAGCAGGCGCCGAUGGAAGCA